UGUAGCUAAAGCUUCCGGUGUAGUCACGUUCAUCUGUCCCUAACAUUUCUCUGUGCUGACUUAAGUUUAAGUGUAAACGGUUGAAGCUAGUUCUCUGCAUAACUGGGACAUAAUCGGUUAUAACAGUUUUACGUAGAGAGGUGUGAACGACAAGCCGCCAAGAUGCCGAGAAUUAUGAUAAAAGGAGGCGUUUGGCGCAACACUGAGGAUGAGAUCCUCAAGGCAGCGGUAAUGAAAUAUGGCAAAAACCAGUGGUCCCGUAUUGCCUCUCUGCUGCAUCGCAAGUCAGCCAAACAGUGUAAAGCCAGAUGGUACGAGUGGUUGGACCCCAGCAUCAAGAAAACAGAAUGGUCCAGAGAAGAGGAGGAGAAGCUUCUUCACUUGGCCAAGCUGAUGCCUACUCAGUGGAGAACCAUUGCUCCGAUCAUAGGACGCACUGCUGCUCAGUGUCUGGAGCACUAUGAAUACCUGCUAGACAAGGCAGCACAAAGAGACAAUGAGGAGGAAGUGGGAGAUGACCCUCGGAAGUUAAAACCAGGAGAAAUUGACCCAAAUCCUGAAACCAAACCCGCCAGACCUGACCCUGUGGACAUGGACGAAGAUGAGUUGGAGAUGCUGUCAGAGGCCAGGGCUCGACUUGCAAAUACUCAGGGCAAGAAAGCUAAGAGGAAGGCCAGGGAGAAACAGCUGGAGGAAGCCAGACGGUUGGCUGCCCUGCAGAAGCGCAGAGAGCUGAGAGCUGCAGGAAUUGACGUCCAGAAGAAGAGGAAGAAGAAGAGAGGAGUAGACUACAAUGCUGAAAUCCCCUUUGAAAAGAAACCUGCACAGGGUUUCUAUGACACCAGCAUGGAGCAGUACGUCCCUCUAGAGCCAAACUUCAAACGACUCAGACAGCAGCACCUAGAUGGAGAACUACGCAAUGAGCAAGAAGAGAAGGAGAGGAAAAAAGAUAAACAAAAGAUCAAGAAGAAGAAAGAGAGUGAUCUUCCAUCUGCGAUCCUGCAGACCAGCGGAGUUGCUGAGUUCACCAAGAAACGCUCCAAACUAGUUUUACCUGCACCACAGAUCAGCGAUGCUGAGCUGGAGGAAGUCGUCAAAUUGGGUGUUGCCAGUGAGGUCGCCCGUCAAGCUGCAGAGGAGAGUGAAAGUGGGAACUCUGCCUCCUCUGCACUCCUCUCAGAGUACAGUGUCACCAACACCAUGUCGACGGGACUACGUACCCCACGCACCCCGGCUGCACAGGACAGGAUACUGCAGGAGGCCCAGAACCUGAUGGCUCUGACAAACAUCGACACCCCUCUAAAGGGUGGCCUCAACACCCCACUGCACGAAAGUGACUUCAGUGGAGUGACACCUCAGCGUCAGCAGAUACAAACGCCCAACACAGUUCUCAGCACACCCUUCAGAACUCCUGGACCGGGUCAGGGACAAGAGGGUAUGACACCUCAGGCUGGAGGAGGGAUGACCCCACGAGGGGUGGUGACCCCAGGUUUGACCCCUGGCCGCACGCCACUCAGAGACAAACUGAAUAUCAACAGUGAGGAGCAACUGGCUGACCCUGCAUACGCUAAACACCUGCAAAGAGAGAGUCUGCAGCAGCUGAGGCAGGGUCUGAUGUCACUUCCUGUUCCCAAGAACGACUUUGAAAUUGUUCUUCCUGAAAACGCAGAGAAAGAACUGGAAGAGAUGGAGACAGAAACGGGCUUCGUAGAGGACUCUGCAGAUGUGGAGGCACGCAAGAUGGCUCAACGGGCAGCAGAGAAAGAGAAAGAACUGAAGCUGCGACAUACACCGGUUCAGAGGAAUCUCCCCCGACCCACCGAGGUAAACGAAUCUGUCCUCCGUCCUGCCUCCAUGGAGCCUCUGUUGGACCUCCAGCUGGCAGAGGAGCUGAUCAAACAGGAAAUGAUCACCAUGCUGCACUACGACUGUCUACACCACCCAUCGUCCCUCACAGCCAGCCAGCUACAGCGAAGUAAAGGCAGAGGCCCCGCCUCCGCAUCUAACAACGCAUCCCACAUAGCGUACCUGGAAACACACUCGUAUAAAACAGUCAGCCCUGAGGACAUGGAGCAGGCAAAGAUGAUUCUGGCAGCAGAAAUGGAGGUUGUGAAGGCAGGUAUGGGUCAUGGUGAUCUCAGCAUGGAGGCCUACAGCCAGGUGUGGGAGGAAUGCUACGGACAGGUUUUGUAUCUCCCCACUCAGAACAGAUACACUCGAGCUAACCUGGCAUCAAAGAAAGACCGUAUUGAAAGUCUGGAGAAAAAACUGGAAGUGAACCGUGGUCACAUGACAGCAGAGGCUCGGAAAGCAGCGAAACUGGAGAAGAAAAUGAAAAUCUUGCUGGGAGGAUUUCAGUCCAGAGCGCUGGGGCUCCUGAAACAGCACAAUGAACUCUGGGAACAGGUGGAGCAGUCAGCCACAGAGCUUGAGACCUUCAAUCAGCUGAAGAAACAAGAAGAUAUGGCCAUUCCCAGGAGACAAGAGGCCCUACGGGAGGAUGUAGAGAGGCAGAUGGAGAGAGAGCGAGAACUACAACAGAGAUAUGGAGAGCUGCUUAUGGAGAGGGAGGCUCUGCUCAACAGCGCUCAGAAAUAUUGAGACACACCUCCAUACACAGUCAUAAUGGAGAAACUGAUUCCAAGCUAAAAGAAGUUCUGAGAAACAAAACUGAAUUUCUCUUUUCAGCGUUCCCAGUCAUCUUAUUGAACCACUCUUGUCGUUCGAUAUUUGCAGCAGUCCUACAGAUAAGCCCAGUUUCUUUGUGCUUUAUUGCUAUGAUGUUGCAGAGUUUUGAGCAUGCUCAGAAGUCCCCUGUGUUUCUGUAUAAGUGACCAAUAAAGUUUCUUUUCAACAAUG